AUGCCCUCGUUGCGUCAUCGGUCUCCCACUAAUCCGUUGCAGGUGGGACUGCUCGACCCUGACCCUCAACACCGAGACACCGAGACCAACCAGCGCUGGGUCCUCAACAACAACGGGCCCAUCCGCUCGUCCAAGGGCGUGUGUAUCGACGCCGGCAACAACCCAGGCAACGGAACGCCUCUCAAGGUCUGGCAGUGCUACAACAACUACCAGCCCCAGAACUGGGUGAACAGCAACGGUGCCAUCCGCCUUCAGAACACCAACCUGUGUAUCGACGUUCCCGGCGGGGACAACCGCAACGGCGCCCGUCUCCAGCUCUGGCAGUGCACCGGCUCGGACAACCAGCGCGUGUCGUUCUAAGCCAGUCGGCAAUGGGGAGGCGAUACAGUCGAGAUCAGCAGUACAUACAUACAAC